AGCACCCUCACACAGACAUACAUGCAGGCAAAACACCAAUGCACAUAAAAUAAAAAUAAAAGAGGUAGGUGAAAGUCAUGGCUGGCAUUGAGGACGCAGCAGCUGCACAAAUUGACACUAAGUCCACAUUAUGUUUGGGGUCACUUAGUUUAAGAAAACCCUGUUCUGUGUAUCUUAGGAGCCCUUGCGGUUCCCCUCUGCUGUCCCACAGAACCAAAGAAAACACAGUGUGUUGCUUUGUAAAGGGUGAGCUGUGUGUGCUGUGUGCUAGCCACUCUGGUGUGAUAUGGCUGUGUCAGACUGCAUGCAUGAGAUCGCAAAGCUGAGCUGUACAGAAAUGUUCUCUCUAGCUGAUGUCCCUAAUCUGUAACUGUCUCUGUAUGUCUCCACAAAUGCUGGUGUCUGAGUCCUGAGUGUGCUGAAGAGCUACCAUUGUGGGGUAUCCCAGGGAGGGGAGCUGCAGGAGUCUGCAGAUACAGAUGGAGAAUGUGGGGGUCACAUCUAUCUCAUGAAGAACCCAUAUGGGCACAGUGAAGAUGCUGGGCAGCCGCGGUCACUGGUGUUGGAGCUGGUGGGACAGCAUGACCUGACCCCGCUGCUGUCUUACAGGCUGGGGUGGGGUCUCCCUAGGGUAGAGCCUGGGAAUUUGCUAAUGGUUCGGGUCUGUGUACCGCUGUUGGCCGUAGAUGAUAUUUGGAGGUCAACAGGACAGCAGGGGGCCAGUGUAAGUUGGCUCCGUGUACUGUAGUUGGAGAGGGUACAGGCAGGAAGGUGGGUGGGAGACAGGAAGGCUUGUAAGAAAUCCUAGGGGCUUACCUGCUGUUGGGGGAGGGAGAGAGCCAGCUGUUGAAAGGCAGCAGGUGGAACAUCUGGUGAACUCAGAGGCACUGCUGUGUCCCGUGGAAACACCCAGAAAACACACAAGCUCAUCUCAGGCCUCAGCAGCAACCAGAAAACAAAUCCAGCCCAGAGCAGAGUUGAUGUGUGUCUUGGAAGUGGCUUCCAGCUCUGACUCCUGUUCCUGCAGGUUAGGAACUUGGAUCAGGGUCUAUCUGCCGAGAUUUGAGACCUUGGUGCAGGCUGGGUAGGAGGUGGAGGGCGAGUUACUUACCCUCUCUGAGCCUCAGCUACCCAUGGGGCAUCUCCAGAGAGAUGCAGGGAUCUGUGUGAAGCCUGGGAGUGAAGUCAUCCUGCUCUAUGACCUGCCGGCUCUGUGGCUAUCGGCGCUGAAUCCACCUAGCCUGCCCCACUUGGCUGUCUUCACAAACCUCACCUGGCUUGGCAUCUCUAAAAGGGCACAUGCUCCCAGGAUCCCCCUGCCAUCCCUAGAGGUAGUAGCUCUGGGCUGUUGUUGACCUGUGUCUGGGGAAGGCAGUGGUAUCUGCUGUACUCACUGUGUAGUGAGUGUUCACAUUGAUGGUCAACUGCAGUGGGUGGGCUUAUCCCUGUGGCUACUGUGUCCCUGGUGGUAGGAAGAUGUGACAACAUUAUCACAAGUCCCAGCAAGUAGAGGGCCUGGUGGCCACUAUGUAGCUGUGUGGCUGUCCUCAUGGCUGUGGAGUAGGCACACCUGUGCAUCCACAUGAUAACUUUACUGCCUAGUGAGACAGAAUCUACAUGGGUCAGCUGCAGUACCCCAUACCCUGUUACUGGGACCCAGCUGAUGUGAGCCCAUUUAUGGUUUCUCAUGUGGCUUUUGAUUAUAUUACUUUGGUUCCUGAUUUCAUUGGGGCAGGUAAAAUGAGAAAUCCACAGAGCUUGCUUAAAGGGUAAAGGAAUUUAUUAGGAAGGAGGGCUUGCUACAGAACAGAUUUAUCGUAGGGUCCUGGAAGGCCGAGGUACAGUCCCACACUGUUCUUCCUCCUGAGUCCAUCUCAGCAUCGAAGCCCACGAGGGGGAGAAAAAAGAGGUGUACAUGCAUCUCAGGUCUUAAGGGUAGGCCCGAGGCCCCAGGGGCAGGUACUUCAAGGUCAUAGAUAGGUAGGACAGUUACUUGUUACAUCUCUAGGGGCGGUGCUUCAAGGUCAUAGACAGAACAAAUAUCCACUACAGGCAGGCACUGGGCAUUUCUCUACCUGGCUGCUCAAAGGCAUUGGGAUUUCUUCCAUGCAGCCUGGUGCUGACCCCAUUUGGCUCAGGGCCUUGCAUACUUUCCUCCAGCUGUCCCGAGCGGCCUGUGCCCUCCUGGCCUUGUAGGUGUGCUGUGAGUCCCUCCGCGCGGGCGCUCUGCACCUUGGCUACAGCCACCUUUGCUUGCAAGUAUGUCUGCAAAAAUCACAGAAAUAGAGAGAGACAUAGAGCGAGCCACCGAGCUGAGCCCCUCUUCUGAUGAGGAAGCCUUAGUUUUGAGGCAGAAGCCUGAACUCAUGCAAGUCCCAGACGAGAGCGACGUCACUCUGAAGCAGUGGAAAGCCCGGCAGCUGCAGCGCCUGGCUGAGGAGCUGAAGGCAGAGUGGCGGGAGGCCCGCCUGCAGCAGGUCAGAGACAUGGAGCGCCUCUAUUUAACCCAUCUGUUGGAUGAAGCAACAGGGCGGGCCAGGGGAAACAACCUCACCAUGAACGAACGCAACCAGAGAAGAUCAGCAAAACACAUGAGGUCUAAGGGGAGAAAUAGAGCAGCCUUUAGAGAGGAGAAGGGCCACCGGGAAGAGCAUCCCAGGCAACACCCCAAGUCCCGGAAAAAAGCAACAUGCUCAGAGAGACAGGGUUCUUCCAAAGCCCGGGGCCAAAACCCCAGUGAGAAGGGUAAAGGGAAACGGGUGCCUUCGAGUAAGAGCAACGGUGGCUACCAGCCCUUGGGCCCUCGGACGGGCAGAGGGGCAGAUCUGGCGAAGCUCAACCCACUCUUGGUUGAUGCUGGGGAAACUGAGUGUGCGGAAGAGGUACAGAAGGAAAUAUCCCGGGAGGGGAGGCGGCCGAUGGGAAGGGGGACUGCACACUUUGCUCAGAGCACAAGUCACAACUCCAGAGGCCAGAGUCCGCAGGACCAAACAGAUGACCUAGAAAAGCCCUUGCCCCUCAGCUCCGCCUUCAGACAGGAGGCCACGCCCCCAGGGGCGUCGUGGAAGUACAGCGAUAAGAAUCAGUGGCAUAAAGAGAUCGAGUCUGCCUUUGAAGAAUUGUUUAACACAAAUAGAAAGCUGAAGAAGCAUCUGAAUUUGCACCUUGAACAGAGGCUCAAGGCGGACCAGAAUCCAGAUGAGCCACAGAGCUGCACAGAGACUCUGGGUGAGCUUAGCGAGACUCUGGGUGAGCACAGCGAAACCCCCAGAGAGGAGAGUACAGAGAAGGCAGAAAGGAUUGCUGAGGAGUCUGGGAGUCCUUUGGAGAUGGAGGCCCCUGAAACGUGGUCCAAAACCAGUUUGAAACAGUUGCUAAGUGAGACUGAGUACCCCAGGUACCAACAGAUGGCAAGGCACCUUUUAAAGAGUGAAAGCCUGACACCUGAUCUCGAGGCAGGAACAUUGAGUGAACAAGAUGACUCAUUCUCAGAAAGCCCAGAGCCAGGACGGGAGCCACCCAAGUCGGCCACAGGGGAGGAAGAGAGCCUUACGCCUUACCUGGAGAAACAGGUGGGCUCUGCAGCAAGCUGGCUGGCUUUGAGGCAAAAACAGAAGGCAGAGUUGGAGGAGAGAAGGCAAAAGACAUUGCUGGAGCUGACAGAACACCCCAACAUGAGCUUGGAAAUCCACUACAAGGCCGAGCUAGAGGAGGAACGUAGGGAGCGCAGAAGGAUGCGCUUGGCCAUCCUCAAGUCUUAUCCUACUGGGGUCCAGCCCCCAGCCCCUGACCGAAUAACCACCGACCAAAGCGUUUCCCUGGACAACAGCCUUCUGGAUGAGGACAAACAGAACCAGAUGAUCCGUGACCUUCAGCAGCAGAUUUUAGAGCAAAACAAGUUACACAAGCAGUUUUUGGAAAAAGCCAGGAAACGCUUGCAAGAGUUUCAAAAAACAUUUUAAAGGCAGACCCACCCGACAUAAAUACAUCCCUGAUGGCCACUUUGCCUGCA